AUGCAAACCUCCCGACUCAAACUAGUCCGACUAACCGAGGACCACCUCCCCGGCUACCAUGCCAUCUGGUCCGACCCAUUCACAACCCGAUGGAGCGCUCACGGCCACUGCGCGACACUGGAGGAUAGUCGAGAGUGGAUGUCAGCUCUACUCCCCGAUGUUAAUCCCAAGGGAGUCAAUUAUGCAGUCUUACUGCGCGCGGAUUUGGACCCGAGCUUUAUCCAAGCGCGGCACGGGAGCGGUAAUACCGACGGCGAUGGCGAUGGCGAUAGCGAUGCAGUCCUCCGACCCGGCGGCUUUUUGGGAUGGGUUGGAACAUGGAAGUCGGAUCCAGAGCCGGAAGUUGGACUUAUUUUUCACCGAUCGACGUGGGGACUGGGAUUUGCUACGGAAGCCUUGAGUGCAUUUUUGGAACUAUUUUGGAAGGAAAGGCCUGAAUUUGAGCAUUUGGAGGCGUGGGUUGAUGAGGAGAAUUCUGCUUCGAGUAACGUUUUGCGGAAAUGUGGGUUUCGUCUUGUGGAAACGCUUAAGGGGGAUUAUACUUUGAAAUGGAUGGUGCCUGAGUUGAGGAAUAGUCUUCAUUUUCGCGCUCGGAGGUCUGAUAGUACCACUGACUCCUAG